AUGGCCUCGGGCGAGAAGUCUUCUCGGGAAGAGCACGUUAUCGAGCUCGGUGAGAGACAACCCGGCGGGAGCUAUGUCGAAGCCGAGCCACGACCUCUCCCUCCCCCUCCACCACCAUCGUCCCUAGCCGCACUGGCGCAGAACCCAGCGGCCUCCAUCGCCUUCUACUGUGGCAGCAGUAUCUUGAUGACUUGUGCCAACAAGUUCAUCGUGAACAACAAGGCCUUCAACCUUCCCUUUUUCAUGCUCAGUGUGCAGACCUCCGUGUGUCUAUUUGCCGUCACCACCGCAAAGGCCACAGGCUACAUCUCCUUCCGCGAUUUCAACGCCGGCGAAGCGAAAAAAUGGUUCCCCAUUGCCUUACUGCUGAUCGGCAUGAUCUACACCUCCGCCAAGGCCCUGCAGUACCUCUCCGUUCCCGUCUACACCAUCUUCAAGAACUUGACCAUCAUCCUCAUUGCAUACGGCGAAGUGCUGUGGUUCGGAGGCAGCGUGACGAGCACCGCGUUGUUCAGCUUUGGGCUAAUGGUCGUGAGCUCCCUCAUCGCGGCGUGGGCGGACAUUCAGCACGCAUUGCAAUCCUUCGGGGGCGAUGCCAUGAGCGGCGAGGCUUCCGAGGCCAUCAGUACCUUGAAUGCGGGCUACCUUUGGAUGCUGUUCAACUGCUUCUGCUCGGCUUCUUUUGUGCUGGGCAUGAGGAAGCGGAUCAAGCUUACCAACUUCACCGACUUUGACACCAUGUACUACAACAACCUCCUCUCCCUUCCAAUCCUGCUCAUCUGCUCCCUCUUCCUCGAGAACUGGUCGGCCGAAAACCUGGCCCUGAACUUCCCCGCGGGCUCGAGAACGUACUACGCCUUCGCCCUGCUCUUCACCGGCCUGUCCUCAAUGCUCAUCUCCUACGCCUCCGCCUGGUGCGUCCGCGUCACCAGCAGCACCACCUACUCCAUGGUCGGCGCCCUCAACAAGCUCCCCAUUGCCAUCUCGGGCUUGAUCUUCUUCAACGAAGUCGUCACGCUCGGCAAAGUGGCCGCCAUCUUCGUCGGCUUUGUCAGUGGCGUUGUGUACGCGGUGGCAAAAGUAUGGCAGAAGGAGCGAGACCAGGGCAUCAAGAGCCAAGGCAUCGGCAGCAUUCUGCCCUCGAGCAUGAAGCAGACGACGAGCGCGAGUGUGCAGAGCAUGCGGGACUCGAUGAGCAGUAAUGCCUGA